CAGCAGCGUUGUACAGCGACAGUGGCGGCGGAGCAACCGAUUAAACCUCUCCGUUUGUCGGCCAAAGUGUAAAAAAUGAGGCAUCAAAGUCGGUGAAAGACGGACAGAAAGGGAAGGCCUUGUCUCCGGCGCACGGAGCGUGAUGUCAGCGGUGGCAGUGCUGUUGUAAUUGCCUCGGUGGAGGGCUGAUGGCGUCAUUCCAUGCCCCGCUGUAGCCUCCUGCUUCAAUAGCGCAGGGCAGACGGAUCUUUCGCCGACGCGACCGUGGCUCCCUUGGCCGGGACCGAGCACCGCCGAGCCGGAUACCGCACCACGGGAAACAUGGAGGCUGCGGCCGAGGAGCUGCUGGCCGGCUCUCGGGUACCUGUCACUAUCGAUCAAAUAGUGAACGACACGCUGGUGGUGACGCUGACCUACCGGGACCGGAGCUACACGGGAAUACUACUCGACUGCAACAAAAAGACUGGACUCUUCUGUUUACCGGAGUUCACCGCGAAGCCAGGGGACUUUCCAGUGUCCAAGUCAACAUGUGAAGUCCCUGACGUUUUGAGUGAGAUGCCGGUCCCAAAAUCUCCCAGCCAAGCUUCUCACAGACCAAGGGACGAAAACACGCUCCCCGAAAGUGAUGAACUUGCAGCGCCCCUUCCGUGCCCGGUGCCCACCCCAGUACCAGCUGGACAAACUACUUAUCCUCCUUAUUUUGAAGGAGCCCCGUUCCCUCAGCCUUUAUGGGUGCGGCAUAGCUACAGCCAAUGGGUACCACAGCCUCCACCGCGACCAAUCAAGAGGAAGAAGAGACGGACACGAGAGCCGGGCCGCAUGACCAUGAGUACAAUCCGACUGCGGCCACGACAGGUGCUUUGUGAAAAGUGCAAAAACACGUUGAAUAGCGACGAGGACAGCAAAGAUGGCAUAAGCAACACUAAACCAUCUAGAAAAGAAAACACACUACACAGUGAGGACGACGCCGAUGAUAAAGAUAAUCCUGCUAAACUGUCAAGGAAGGAUAACGUGGUCACACCCAAGGACAAUAAGAGGCGUGAGAACGGCGCUAGCAUUGACAGCAAACGCUGUAGAAAGGACAAGCGAGGAGACUCUGAAGGGGAAAAGUUCCUAGGAGGUGACGUUAUCCCUCACAGUCCUGUCAUAAAAAUCUCCUACAGUACUCCGCAAGGAAAGGGCGAGGUCAUGAAGAUCCCCUCGAGAGUCCACGGCUCAGUCAAACCCUUCUGUCCGAAACAACUAGUUCAAAAUGGACUCAGAGAAAACGGGAAAACAACUACGGAUUCUACCAAGGAACAAAGACACAUUCUGGACGCCACCCGUUCGGGCCUCACGGUGUCCAUUCCCAAACUGAAACUAUCUAGACCCUUUACAAAUGUGGGUCAGGACUUGCCCUCGCCAAAGAUCUGCUUAAAGACUCCACAGAGGGAGAGCGACGAGGGCGUGGUAGAAUAUGAGGCAGAACUCGUAGGAGGUGCCAGGAGAAGGAGCCCAAGGGCACCCGACCUCCCCCUCUCUGAAGACUCCCGGGAAGAGAAGAACUCCCUCGAGUUGUGGUCGGGGAGCUCAGGAGAGGAGGGGGAGCGAGGCCACAAUGACCUCACGCUUCUUAUUAAUUUCCGUAAACGCAAGGCGGAUUCCUCCAGCUUGUCGGUUUGCAGUAGUGACAGCCUGGAUGAGUCGAAGUCCUUCAGUUCGGACGGCACCUCGCCCGAGCUGUGCGACCUGGCACCUGGCGAGGACCUCUCUGUGACCUCUUCUUCUGUGCCCUCACGGGACGACUGUAAGACAGUGCCCCCAAUCACAGUGCGUCUUCACACUCGCAGCAUGACCAAGUGUGUGACGGAAGACGGCCACGCCGUAGCAGUGGGCGAUAUUGUUUGGGGUAAGAUUCACGGUUUUCCCUGGUGGCCCGCACGAGUCCUGAGCAUCAACGGCACACGCAAACAGGAAACGGCCACGUGUGAAGCCCAGUGGCCUCAAGCCAAGGUGGCGUGGUUCGGUUCGCCCACCACUUCCCAGCUCUCCGUUGCCAAACUUUCCCCCUUCAGAGAGCUUUUUAGGUCCCGCUUCAACCGGAAAAAGAAAGGGAUGUACCGAAGAGCCAUCCUAGAGGCAGCCAAGGCCGUCGGACAUAUGAGCCCAGAGAUUACUUCACUCAUUUCCCACAGCGACACGUAGGCCGACGGGAGGUCUGUUCCCUGAUCUCUGUCAUCCAGACCCAGAGGGAGGACGUGCGGUUGCCACGGUUACUAUUUAUAUGCCUUUUUUUCCCCCCCUUCCCACAACGGCGGUGGAAAAUGUCCACCAAGGUGGAGCUUUGUUUAGACUGAAGGGAGCAGAAGCAGGCCGAGAACGACUCUUCCACUUUUUUGUUUUUCUUUCACCAUAUUUCAGUAGCAAAAAUAACUACACUACAACAGACCCGAAUGUAUUAUUUAUGUUUUAUUCAUGUCUGGCUGGGCGGUCGUUAUCAGGUGGGCCCGCUCCAGGACCCUCCCCCUGCCCCCCACAGGACUUUCAGCUGCAGAUUUUUUUAGAAAGUCUUAUCAUAAAAAUGUGAACGGCUCUUUCCAGAGACAGCGGUGACUGCUCUCGCAACCCACGCUCCAUCCUCGUAGCCAUCUGCAACGCCAGCUGGAUUGUAUUUAUCACGAACUUUCUCCACCGCCGUGCGUCCCGCUUCCAUUUCAAGUCGUCUUCUCACCCUUCCCGAGACCCGUUUCUCCAUCCCUUAAGUUAUUUAAAGCAUCACAUUAAGAAAAGAAGCACUUUAUCUGUACCUUGGUGGCCUGCUGUUAGCGCACUGUCUGAAACAUUAUUGCGAGAUUCAGCCCUGAUAGGCAGCAGGGGAGUCCAGAAAUCCUCGACUAUCCAUGGCCUUGGAAAUGGAAGAAAACAACCUUUUUUUUAUACUUAGUUUAAUGUACGUGUGCAGUCUUCUCUCGCGGAGGGUUGGGUACACUGUAUUCCUGCGUCCAACAUUGCGACACGGCUUCCUGGUUGCAGGAUGGUUUGGUCGGCCUCCACCGGAGAGAACAUGCUGUCUGAAUACUGUGAAUUCAACUGCUGAGAUAAAGCUGGCUCCCAGUUAUGGAGACAUCCGCCAAAGCAAACUGCAGUGCUAACCUUUAGUGACCUUUUUGUUGAAAGCGGCUCUGUUGAGAGAGGGGGGGGGAGGUGGGGGAGAGAGAGCUGUGGAGAGCAGCGCAGAUCAAAAAAUUGCACACAGUCAAUGUCGAGCAACCGGACCGGCGGCUUUCACUUGACAGGAAAGGCUUUUGUCGUGGUGGGCUGCCUGUCGUAGACAAGCAGGUGACCCGCUCCACCACGGAGAUGCUGUCAAGUCCCACCGGUUCUACAGCAUGAGAAGGGGCAGAGUCCAUAACAGAGGGGGGAG